CGACAAGCUCAGUUCGAAAUCGUAAACAAAGCUUCGACGUUGAGGAAGAAUACACCGAUCCACUGCUAUUAGCUCGAGAAACCAAAGAAGAAAAAGUUAAUUCUUAACUUCAAUUCGAAUAGCUUGACUGGCUGAAGUGGUGAAUUUAUUUUCUUUCUUUAAGUGGAAGGUGUUUUAUAAUAUUAAACAAAAUUCGAAGCAUUUGUAAGAUUUCAUUCGAAAGAAUUUUUCGGAAAGACAGACAAAUAGUUCGAAUAUAAUUAUCUAGAUCGAUCAUUAAAUAUCGUACACCUGGAACAAACCAAGAAUAAUCUUAUCCGACUCAGUGCAAGCAUAACCGAGUGGGGACAGGUUAUUUACCUGUAAUUUUGAUUAAUACCAAUCCAGGAGAUAUGGAAGAUUCUACGAGAUUAAACGAUUCAAAUGAACUUCGUCGUCAUCAUCAUCAUCAUCAUCAUCACCAUCAUCAUCAUCAUCACCACGAUUACCGGCAGGCACCGCAAACGCAACAGAAACAGCAACAGCUAUCCCGUCAACAUCAACGAGAUCCAAGUGGUCACAGAUUGGAACUGAUUGACGAUGAGUGUAGCACCGACAGUGGUUGCAGCAGCGGUGGAAGCAGUGGUAGCGCUGAAAGAUUGUCGCGUCGUGGUAGCGCUGAACGUCUUUGCCGGGUCAACAGGUCCUCCAGAAAUCAUUGUUAUCCCGACAGAUUUCGUGGAAGACCGACAAGAUCUCAGGAACGUUUGACCAAUGCCCAAAGAAGUACCGAACGUACGCGAGCGAAAUCAUCAAGAUCAUGGAGUCCCAAUGACGUUAGGGGAAAUCAAUGUGGAAGCGGGGAAUCUUCUUCUUAUUCGCCAAGUCCGUCAGAUGCUCACAGUAGCAGCGACAGCGACAGUUUGAAAAGGCCAUCCACCGCCGAAACACUCAGACGUGCUUUCCAAACUUUUAAAAUUUCAUCCAAAUGGGAAAACAAGAAGAAACACGCCAAGAAGAGUCCUAAAAGAAUCCUCAGAAGCCCGGUUUCUUAUACCUACGUAAGAGGACUUUCUGGUUUACCAACUCAAAGAGUCCCAAAAAAUGCAACCCAACAACUCAUGAUGUCCUGCACUUGUCAAAACUCGAUAGGACUCUAUCGAUAAGUUUCCUGUAUCUUCGUUUCAACUUCGAAGAUAUUUUUCAACAUAUUGGAGAUCCAAAGUCAUGGUGGCUUCUAUCAACAAGAUUUCACUGAGAGACCUGUCUAUUUAUAUUAUUUUACUUUGGUUUGAUUGUUUACUUUUUUCAAUUCAUUCACUUCGCUAUUUCUUCGUACCAUUUCGGCUUUCGAAGAUAAAACGAAAUGCGUUCAUCGAAUGGGAUCAAUUCGUGUAUAUAUUUACAAGUAUAUAUAUCAGCCUAAUAUAUCAAUUCAAUUUCACAAAUAGUUUUUCGUGACGAGUAUAUCUGGUCGAUGUGCUUCCGAAAAAAAUGCUUGAACGUUGUUUUUACAAUUUUUAAUUUCUAAAGUAUUUUAUAUGAAAUACACAUCUCGCGUAUACGUAUAUGUGAUAAUAUUCAUACUUUUAUUCAAUGACAAUUUCUAAUACGAAGUUUAGAGAAAACCUAAUUAUCGACGGUCUAUCUCGAAACCAGCUCGAGUUUCGAAACAAUUUAUUAAUCGAUGAAAUAUAAUCGAGACUCGAGCGGGGGAAGAAAAUUUUCAACUUAAGCGUGAUUUUUCAUAAUACGAAUGAGGGACGAUUGAGACGUAAAUAAGGAAAAAAAAAAUAUAAAAAAUACGAAAAAUACCAACAAAAAUAUAGAACAAAUUUUUCAUCAGAUUUUUACGAGGAUCUCUUAGGAUCUUUAAUGUCAUGUGGCUUAGCGUACUAACGUAUAAAACGAUUAAAUUUUUAAACGAUAGGUCAUGGUGUAAAUUAUUUCACGAGAGUCUAACGAUUAUUUUCGUUUAUUGAGAACAAACAAAAAAUAGAAAGGAAAAAAAACACAAAAAAAGAAAAAAUACCAUGUGAGCCAAAGUUCUCAUCUACACAUUCAAUUACAUAUUUAAAUUCGUAUAUUAUAUAUAAAACUAUAUAUAUCCAAAGAGAGCCUAUUAUCACAAUAUCAAAAAAUAUAGAUUAACACUUUCGUUACUUCGAACACGAGUAUCGUUCCAUGUAAAUUCGUUAUCGUCGAAUAGGGACGACCCUUAAAUGGGUCGGUAGUUCGUAGGUGAUUAACCCUUAUAUGGGUUUGUAGUAACGAAAGGGUUAAACGAAAUAUUCUAUACAAAGACGCGAAACGAUAUGACAUUCAUAUAUCGUUAGAUAUUAUAAUAUUACGAUUAUUAUUAACGAUUUCUGUAAAAAGAAAGAGAUAACCAAAGCAAGGUAAAGCCGCACCGACGACUGAAUAGUUUUUAAAAUAGAAAACAUUUGAAUAUUUUAUUGUUAGAAAAAAGUCGCACGUGUUCACGAAGAAAUUUAUCGCUUGAUGAGAUUACGAACGAAAGUCGAACAAAUUCAAGAAGCAUAACAAGAGAGAGAAAGAGAGAAUGACAGAUUUAAUUACUUGUUUACUCAUACAUACACAUACACACACACAUACAUACACACUCAUAUAUAUAUAUAUAUAUAUUGUACAUGCGUAUUGCGUACGUAUACACGCAUAAUUGAAAAUAUAAAUUAAUGAAUUAAUUGUUCCCGUUAAUUGUGACAGUGGAAAUGAAGUGAAACAAUUAGAAGAAAGAAAAAAACAAAAAAUGAAUAUUUUAUGAUUUAUUUUAUAAGAAAUUAAUAUCUAUUAUAAAAUAAAUUAUGAAAAUAUAUAAAUUUUUGAUAAUUUUUGUUGACUUAAGCCACUAUCAUAAUAACGGGCACGAUUAUUUCGAGCCAGAAAAAAAAAAAGGAAAGAAAAAACGGUUCGGGUGUCAGGUCUGUAAGUAAGACUAUCUCGCAUAUUUGAUCUUAUUCUUAAGUAGCAAAGUUUUAUCGAUUAAUCAUUUAAUUAGCGCAAAAGCGUUUAAGUCGAGUUUAAAUUGUCGACAAUUUAACGAGAAAAAGAAAGGUAGUUGAAUUUUUCCUAAGAUUUAACACAUUUGACUAGCGUAACUCGUUAGUUUCCAUAUUCAACGAAACAACUUUUAGUCGAAUUUUAGUCGAACGAUUUAUCGAUCGUUCUUGAAUAAUUUGUUUAAUCCUUCGCGAUGAAAAUUAUUUAAUCAAAAUUACGAGUACUCUUUUAUCUAUUAAAAUAUUUCGAAAAAAAAUAAUAAUAUAAUUUUAACGCGAAUCGACAAAUUUGGUGCUAAAAACAAAAACAAACAAAAAAUUUGUUUCGCAAUUAUCGCGAAGGAUUAAACCGAUUUUACUCGCGUGUGUAACGAAAAAAAGAAAAAAAAAAAAAAAAAAAAAAAAAAAAAAAAAAAAAAAAAGGACAAGAAAAGAGGGAUAAAGUAAAAAAAAGUCAAACGCAUCGACGUUUCUAAUUAAUAUCCACGCAUGUUCGCGAUUUUCUCGGCGUUUUUUCGUUUAACAAAAAUUAAAUAAACGAAUAUAAAACGAAACAAAAAUACGGGCGCAAACAAAGUUUUUGCGUCGUAUUGCGCAAUGUCAAUUAACGUCGACGCGUAUACGACUAUCAAAUUUCGAAGUUAACCAAUUAAACGAGUUACGGAGCUUUAGUAUUACAUUUGAAAAAGGUCGACUAAAAUAUAAUACGUUCUUUCUAUUCGUAAUAAGAAAAUUGAAAUGAAAUUUUGUCCAUGUUGCCAUGCCUAGACGAGAAUUUCAUUCGAUUAUUUUUUUUCUAAUCAAAGGUAUCUUCCUCGAAUUAUAUCGAUCGAGGCACCAAGAUCGCGUUUUGCACAUUUUAUUAUAAACGAAAGGACGACAGGGCGACGAACUCUUUGAUUUAAAUGAACGGAAAUGAAAAAAAAAAAAAAAAAAGAAAAAAGAAAAAAUAUUCCGAGUAAUCGUGAGGAAGAGAUAAACGAGUUCAGUGACAAAUCGUUUAGGUUUUUUAUUAGCGUUGUCAACGACUCGAUCAGUACAUAUCAUAACGCAAAAAUAGAUAAAAAAAAAAAAGAGGAAAAAUCAUUUUAACAUUUCGGUCCAAAAUAUUUCCAAAGAAAUCGAAAAUUUGGAGGAAAAGAAAAAAAAACAUUAACAAAUUGAUUAAUUAAAUUAAUGAAAUUACAGGGAAUGUGCGAAAGGGUAUUUUGUCGAGUAAAUAAAUAAACAAUUCACGGAGUUGCGUUCUUCCCGUCUGAAGAUUAAAAGAAAAAAACAAGAAAAAGAAAAUAUUAUCUUUUUCUACGUGUUUGCAAUCGAACGAUUGACACGGCACUAUGAUGCGAUGACACGUUGACAUAAAGAAUAUUGUGUGAAAAAAAAAAAA